AUGGACAAACCGGCCGCCACCACCACUACUACGACCGCCACCACUACAUCGCCCAAAGUCGCGUCACCCCCCGAAACGCCAACCCCUGGCACCGUCUCCAGCUCGGGAACCGAUGCCGAAAACCAGUCGAAGCUUAAGGUUCUACUAGGUAUCUUGCGGCGGUUCAUCGGCGUGGCCGAUAUCGCCUCCGUACGGUUUUCGCUUCCAAGCCAGCUUCUCGAACCGGUUCCGAACCUCGAGUACUGGAACUACCUCGACCGGCCGGAAACUUUUGCCAGCAUUGGCGAUUCGGACGAUGAAGUCGGAAGAUUUUUGGCGGUGUUGAGAUUUUGGUUCACCAAAGACUUGAAAUUCAUCAAGGGAAAGCCAUGCAAACCUUAUAACUCCACGCUCGGCGAAUUCUUCAGGUGUAGUUGGGACGUCCAAGAAACCCUCCCUCCACUCAACACGGAAUCUCGGCCUACGUCAAUCAAAUCGGUGUCCAGCAAAGCCCCCGCUACCAUAACCCCCUCCACCGCGUCCAGUGCGCCACAGCUGGCCCGGGUUUCGUUCCUCACCGAGCAGACAUCGCACCACCCGCCGGUGUCCGCUUUCUACAUUGACUGCCCCGAGAAAGGCAUCAGUGCAAAUGGCUACGAUCAGAUUAGUGCGAAAUUCACGGGAACAUCGAUCAAGGUGACUCCCGGAAUCCACAACCUCGGGAUAUUCAUCACGCUUCGCAACCGUGGAGACGAGUCUUACAGGUUGACACAUCCGGCUGCUCACCUCGGUGGGUUGCUGCGAGGUACCCUCGCCGUGUAUGUCGAAGACGUCUCGUACAUCACCUGCGCCAAGACCAAGAUCCGCUGUGUCCUCCAAUAUCUCGGGGACGGCUGGUUGGGCAAAGCCAAACACCGAGUGGAAGGUGUGGUAUAUCGGUACGACAAGGACACCGAAAACCUCGAGGGACUCAAGGGCAUCCCGGCGAAGGCGAUCAUCGCCAAAAUUGACGGCUCCUGGAUGAAUCAAUUGUACUACACCCUAGCCGGCUCAAAGGAGAGGCACCUUCUCAUCGAUCUGGAUCCUCUAUUCCCGGUGGCCAAGAUCUGCCCGGCGCCCGAAGAGCAGCUGGCCAACGAGUCCCGCAAGAUGUGGGAGAAAGUCACCGAAGCCAUCCACGCGAAGGACUACGGACGUGCCACGACGGUCAAGCAGGAGAUCGAAGAGCGGCAACGGGAGUUGACGGCGGAGCGCGCGGAGAAGAAGAUUGAUUGGAAACCGAGGUUCUUCGAGGACAUGGCUGAGAGGGUGGGCCAGCCACAUCUCAGUGAGGAGGGGAGGAAGGCUCUUGAGGGGUUGAACUCGGGAAGCUAUAAGUUGGAGCCUUAUGAAAUGCCUUAGUUUAAGGAGCUUGCAACCAAUGAUUAUGACAGCUGUCCGCGGCAAAUGGUUUGGUUAAUAUUAGACAUUUCAUGUUUCCUUUCCUCGAUUCGUUUUUUUUUCUCCGCGUUGUUUGAUUACUCGCAUGUAAUUC